AUGCAGAGGUCAAGAGUAUCAGCCAUCAAUUUGUUGUAUUUUUAUCUUUCAACUAACAACAAGACCCUUCAUGCUUCUUCAUUUGCAGCAUCCCCUCCCCUUCCAAAGAGGCCUUGUCUUGGUGAUAGAUUUUCAUUCAUGAUCAAAAACAUGUCGAUUUCGACAAGCUCCAUGUCAGUAGAAAAGCAAUUCAUGCCUGAAAACAGAGUUGAACAAGUUGAGCUACUAAAUUCAAUUAAUGAUUUACAUGGAGGAGUUGUCGUGAACAUUGAGCAGCCUAUGGACUCUAAGGUCUUUUCACCUUUGCUUAGAGCUUCAGUAUCACAAUGGAGGCAACAGGGCAAGAGAGGUGUCUGGAUUAAAUUGCCUAUCGAACGUGCAAAUCUUGUUGAAGCUGCAGUUAAGGAAGGAUUUAGGUAUCACCAUGCUGAACCAGAUUACUUAAUGCUUGUAUGUUGGCUUCCUGAAACCAUGGAUACUAUUCCUCAAAAUGCUUCACAUCGAGUAGGUGUUGGUGCUUUUGUCAUGAACAAUCAAAGAGAGGUGCUUGUAGUUCAGGAGAAUAGUGGCAUAUUCAAAGGAACAGGCGUGUGGAAGCUUCCUACCGGGGUUGCUGAUGAAGGUGAGGACCUUUGUACAUCUGUAAUUAGGGAAGUGAAAGAAGAGACAGGAGUCGAGACAGAAUUUGUUGAAGUUUUAGCGUUCAGGCAAAGCCACAAAUCAUUCUUUGGCAAAUCAGAUUUGCUUUUUAUUUGCAUGUUACAACCACGUACCUUUGACAUUGAGAAGCAGGAUUUAGAGAUUGAAGCAGCACAGUGGAUGCCGAUUGAAGACUAUGCAGCCCAACCUUUUAUCCAAAAACAAGAGCUCUUCAAUUUUGUUGCCAAAAUAUGCUUAUCAAAGUCAGAUAGGAAUUAUAUUGGUUUUUCUCCUCUGGCUACAACUACAGCCUCUGGCAAAACAAGUUACCUCUACUUCAACAAUCAGAAUAUGAAACACCUUGUAACUUCUGAUAAUCAGCAGUAGAAAUUCUGAUGUGA